AUGAACGAUAAAAGUGAAUCAAUAACGAAUGCUGAAGAACGUCGUCUUGUUGAACAAUUAUGGCAAGAAUUAAAGCCAUUACAUGAACUUAUACAUGCUUAUGUAAGACAACAAAUGGCUCGUCUUUAUCCUGGACUUGUUCAACUUGAUGAACCCAUACCAGUACAUUUGACUAAAGAUCCAUUUGGUUCAAUGAUGACUUAUCUUGAACAUGAUAUACUUCCAUUUCCACAUAUCAAAGGCAUUGACUUGGGUCCAGCAAUGAAACGAAAGAAUUUCACCGAAAAAAAGAUUUUUCAAUAUGCUGAUGAGUUUUUUGUUUCAUUAAAUUUAACACGCGUACCAGAUAAAUUUUGGAAUUUAUCUAUAUUUACAAAGAUUCCUAAUCUUCAUAUGGCUUGUCAUCCAACAGCAUUUGAUAUGUAUAAAUAUGAUGAUGUUAGGAUUCGUAUGUGUGCAAGUAUAACAUCACGUGAUUUUUAUGUUGUUCAUCAUGAAAUGGGUCAUAUACAACAUUAUCUUCAAUAUAAAACUCUACCAUUUUGGUUUCGUCGAUCACCACAUGGUGCAUUUAGUGAAGCUAUCGGGGAUGCAAUUGCAUUAGCAACAAUGUCUCCAACACAUUUAAAAAGAAUUGGUUUACUUGAAAAUUAUACAUCAUCGAGAGAGGAUAAUAUAAAAUUUUUGGUUUCACAAGGGUUAAGCAGACUUUUUUUACCACCUUAUGCAUAUGCACUUGAUCUUUGGCGUUGGUCCGUUUAUAAUGGAUCAAUUCAACCAAAUGAAUAUAAUCGACGUUAUUGGAACCUUAUAUGUCAAUAUCAAGGUAUGAAACCAGCAAAAGUUCGUGAUGAAAGAUAUUUUGAUGCUGGUACUAAACUGCAUGUAGCUUUUGAUUUAUCUUACAUAAAAUAUUUUCUUGCACAUGUUUUUCAAUUUCAAAUAUUUGAUGUUUUAUGUGGGGAAGCUGGUCAUCAAGGACCAUUACAUCUAUGUGAUUUACAUGGUUCACUUGCAGCUGGAAAAAAACUCAAAGUUUUACUUGGAUUGGGUUCAUCAAAACCAUGGGAAGAUAUAUUAGAAGAAUUUGCUGGUGUAAGAACAUUUUCAGCUAAAUCAUGUUUAAAAUAUUUUCAACCACUUCGUGAUUAUCUUGAAGAGUUAGUCGCGAAAGAUCAAUUAAAAGUUGGAUGGAAAUGUGAAAUGAAUAAUUGUUCAACAAGAUAUUCUAUGCGAACAAAUAUUUGUUUGAUCUUACUAAUAAAAUUUAUGUUUUCAAAUAUUUUUUUUCAUUUGUAA